GGAAGUAGGAUUGGAGAUGAGUUUGUUGGUUUUGUAUUCCUUUUGUGGAGUAAAGAAAGACAUAUCGACUGAACUAAAUAGGCUACCCAAACACCCAGUCCACUGAAAAUGUCUAAACUACAGUUGUUGAGUGUGUUUUUAAAUGAUCGUUUAACGCCGGCUGAUGUGGAUAUUUUCGGUGCAGUUGAGAAAACGGUAGUGGAGUACCAGGAGGAGAAUGAUCGGCUACGGAGACUGCUGCGGAUCACACCGGAGAUAAAACUAUGUAGAACAGACUCCCUGCAGCUCUCUGUCUCUGAAGAGGAGGUUCCCCCUGAGCAGCAGCACUGUGAGCUGGAGUGGAGCCCCAGUCUGGGACAGAAGGACCCAGAGACCAUACAGAUUAAAGAGGAACAGGAGGAAGUCAGGACCAGUCAGGAGGAAGAGCAGCUUCAAGGGCUCGUUGAUACCAAAGACUCCAUAUUCACUCCUUCCUGUGUGAAAAGUGAAUGUGGUCAGAUGGACCCAUGUCAAGAAGCCGUACUAGCUGAACACCCAACUCUCAGUCCACUGAAAACAUCUAAACUACAGUUGUUCUGUGUGUUGUUAAAUCAAUGUUUAACGGCAUCUGCUGCUGUAGAGAUUUUUGGUGCAGUUGAGAAAACGGUAGUGGAGUACCAGGAGGAGAAUGAUCUGCUACGGAGACUGCUGCGGAGGACACCAGAGAUACAACUAUGUAGAAUAGACUCCCUGCAGCUCUCUGUCUCUGAAGAGGAGGUUCCCCCUGAGCAGCAGCACUGUGAGCAGGAGUGGAGCCCCAGUCUGGGACAGAAGGACCCAGAGACCAAACAGAUUAAAGAGGAACAGGAGGAAGUCAGGACCAGUCAGGAGGAAGAGCAGCUUCAAGGGCUCGUUGAUACCAAAGACUCCAUAGUCUCUCCUUCCUGUGUGAAAAGUGAAUGUGAUCAAGAGGACCCACUUCGGUCCUUGACUCUUCCCCAAACCCAGACUGUGGAGAACAGAGAGAGAGACUCUAAACCAGUGGAUCUCACACCUUUUGUCACUGUGACCCACUUAAAUGGUCUUGACCUUCCAGAUAAUGACAGCAAUGCCUCCAGACGCAGCUCAGCCGUAAGCAGCUACCCAGUAGGACUUGACAGCAGCCCACCAUUGGAUCCCAGUCCACCAUUAGAUCCCAGUCCACCAUUGGAUCCCAGUCCACCAUUGAAGAAACACUGUUCCAAACCCAACACCACAUCUAGAAAAACUCACCACUGCCGUGACUGUGGUGAAUCUUUUGCUCUGAAAGCUGAUCUGCAGAAGCAUGUGACUCUCACCAAGAAGAGACCCAGUGAAUGUGUCUUCUGCAAUGAACACUACAAAUCCACCUGUAAACUGAAGGCCCACGUCCGACUCUGUCACGGUGUGAAACCUUUCACCUGUCCUGUUUGUGGCAAGGCCUUCAAACUAAAGAAAUAUCUGUCCAGACACAUCCGGAUGCACACAGGAGAGAGAUCAUUUAUCUGUGGCGACUGUGGGAAGAGCUUCUAUCGCAAGGAGAACCUAACUAUGCAUAUACGGACUCACACAGGGGAGAAAUUAUUCAGCUGUGGUGACUGCGGGAAAAGCUUCAGUAUCAAGAAUAACCUAACCAUGCAUAAACUGAUUCACACAGGAGAGAAACCAUUUAGUUGUGGUUACUGUGGGAAGAGCUUCAGUCAGAAGGGGGACCUAGGGAGGCAUAUAUUGAUUCAUACAGGGGAGAAACCGUUUAGCUGUGAUGACUGUGAUAAAAGUUUCAGACACAAGGGGUCACUAACCAAACAUAUAUGGACUCACACGGGAGAGAAACCGUUUAGCUGUGGCGACUGUGGGAAAAACUUUUAUCGUAAAGAACACUUAACCGUGCAUCUACUGACUCACACAGGAGAGAAACCAUUUAUUUGUGGUGACUGUGGGAAGAGCUUUAAUCAGAAGGGGUCCCUUAAGGCACAUAUAUUGAUUCACACAGGAGAGAAAUUAUUUAUCUGUUGUGACUGUGGGAAAAGCUUCAGUCUGAAGAAGCACUUAACUGUGCAUAUACUGACUCACACAGGAGAGAAACCGUUUAGCUGUGGCGACUGUGGCAAAAGCUUCAGUCAGAAGGCCCACCUAAAUAAUCAUAUACGUACUCACACAGGAGAGAAACCAUUUAUCUGCUUUGACUGUGGGAAAAGUUUCAGUCAAAAGGGGGUCCUAGGGAGGCACAUACUGACUCACACAGGGGAGAAAUCAUUUAGCUGUUGUGACUGUGGGAAAAGCUUCAGUCUGAAGGACCACCUAAAUAAGCAUAUACUGACUCACACAGGAGAGAAACCCUUUAGCUGUUGUUACUGUGGGAAAAGCUUCAGUCAGAAGGGGGUCCUGGGGAGACACAUACGGACUCACACGGGAGAGAAACCAUUUAGCUGUGGCGACUGUGGGAAAAGCUUCAGUCAGAAAGUGGUCCUGGGGAGACACAUACGGACUCACACAGGAGAGAAAUCGUUUAGCUGUGGCGACUGUGGGAAAAGAUUUAGUGUCAAGAGAAACUUAAUCAAACACAAACUGACUCACACAGGAGAGAAACAACAUGGCUGCUCAGUCUGUGAUAAAAUAUUCACUCAGAAGACUAAUCUGUUGAGGCAUGUCAAAAACAACCACAAAGAAAGUAAAUGAGGUCACAGAGAGGAGACUAAGAGUAUUGAGCUACACCUGUGGACCAACUGAGGACAUAGACACAGAGAGGGGACUAAGAGAGUAUUGAGAUACACCCGUGGACCAACUGAGGACAUAGACACAGAGAGGGGACUAAGAGAGUAUUGAGAUACACCCGUGGACCAACUGAGGACAUAGACACAGAGAGGGGACUAAGAGAGUAUUGAGAUACACCCGUGGACCAACUGAGGACAUAGACACAGAGAGGAGACUAAGAGAGUAUUGAGAUACACCCGUGGACCAACUGAGGACAUAGACACAGAGAGGGGACUAAGAGAGUAUUGAGAUACACCCGUGGACCAACUGAGGACAUAGACACAGAGAGGGGACUAAGAGAGUAUUGAGAUACACCCGUGGACCAACUGAGGACAUAGACACAGAGAGGGGACUAAGAGAGUAUUGAGAUACACCCGUGGACCAACUGAGGACAUAGACACAGAGAGGGGACUAAGAGAGUAUUGAGAUACACCCGUGGACCAACUGAGGACAUAGACACAGAGAGGAGACUAAGAGAGUAUUGAGAUACACCCGUGGACCAACUCUAACUGGUCUUCCUGAUCCUGCUCAGUCCAAUAAUGUCACAGUAAUGAUAUAAUGUAUUUAUGUUGGCUGUUGCUGCUUUGUUCAUGAAAAAGGGCCAAUCUGCAGUUCAGACAACAACGGGUAAACACCUAAGGGAUGGGGUUGGAGAAGUGUAAAACACUAAAAUGCAUAGAUUGAUAAAUGGAGGCAAGAUGUCAAACUAUUGAGCUAAUGUAUACCAUUUUCCUGUAGCUACUUGUUCAUUUUGAAAGGGACAAACAUAAGUGUACACUACAAACAGAAGUGUACACUACAAACAGAAGUGUACACUACAAACAGAAGUGUACACUAUAAUGUAUGAUUUGGCAAGUUAGUCAUUUAA